GUUUUAAUCUUAUCUUAAACCUAUCUUUCACAAUUCACAUGCCAUUUCUCUUUCUUCAUUGGUUAAUCUCUUCCCAAUGCUUAUUUUGAAGUUUAUUUACUCUCUUCUCCCAAAGACAGACGACGACGACUCUCUUCAGAUCUACUCACUGUUCAUUCUCUUCUCAUCAUCUUCUUCAUCUGUUUGAUAUUCCGGUGACUGGAACCAUAUAAGAUCAAGAAGAUUCUUGUUGAAUCAGUUAAAAGAGUGUGUUUUGUCCUUAUACGAAAGAGAAACUCUAAUUAAAUGGUCUGCGAAAUGGAGACUGAUCAGACAGAGGAAAUGGACGUCGAAGUCUUAUCUUCCAUGUGGCCCGAAGACGUCGGAACCCAAGCAGACAACCAGUUCAACGUCGAGAAACCCGCAGGAGAUUCAGACACACUAAAAGAAGUAGACAUCGCCGAGAAACGAACCAUGGCUGAUCUAAAACGUUUACCCGAACUCCUCAACACAACCGACCAAGGCUCCUCUCAACUCACCAACCUCGUGAGACAAUGGGAGUACAUGCAAGACCACGCGGUUAGGCUUCUAAGAGAAGAGCUAAAGAUUCUCACUAAACAGAGAGAAGAAGCUGAAGCCAAAGAGUUAAAGAUCAUAGAGGAGCAUAACUUCGAGACCGAGGAGCCUGAGAAUGUCCCCGUUUUGGAUGAGACUAGUCAUCUUUUCCGCAGGUUUAGGCAGAAGAAACGUGAUGAGUUGGUUGAUAGCAAGAGGGUUGUGAUCGAUGAGGAGUUUGAUACGGUUGCGUAUUGGAAACAGAAGGCGUUGAGUUUGGAGAAGAUGCUUGAAGCGAGUACUGAGAGAGAGAGGAGAUUGAUUGAGAAGUUGAAUGAGAGUUUGAAGACUAUGGAGAGUCACUCAGCACCGGUUGAAGAGUUGACUCAGAAUCUUAAAAGAGCUGAAGGUUUCUUGCAUUUUAUUCUUCAGAAUGCACCUAUUGUUAUGGGUCAUCAGGAUAAAGACUUGCGUUACUUGUUUAUCUACAACAAGUUCCCUAGUCUGCGUGAACAGGACAUAUUGGGGAAAACAGACGUGGAGAUAUUCCAUGGAGGUGGAGUUAAAGAGUCUCAAGAUUUCAAGAGAGAGGUUCUUGAGAAAGGGAAAGCUUCAAAGAGAGAGAUAACAUUCGAGACAGACUUAUUCGGAUCAAAGACGUUUUUGAUAUACGUUGAGCCUGUUUACAACAAAGCUCGAGAGAAAAUCGGUAUAAACUACAUGGGGAUGGAAGUAACUGAUCAGGUAAGGAAGAGAGAAAAGAUGGCUAAACUUAGAGAAGACAAUGCAGUGAGAAAGGCAAUGGAAUCAGAACUGACCAAGACCAUUCACAUCACAGAGGAGACAAUGAGAGCUAAGCAAAUGUUGGCGACGAUGUCUCAUGAGAUUAGAUCACCAUUGUCAGGAGUAGUUGGCAUGGCUGAGAUACUUUCAACUACAAAGUUGGAUAAAGAGCAAAGACAGUUGUUGAAUGUUAUGAUCUCUUCUGGAGAUUUGGUGCUUCAGCUGAUUAAUGAUAUUCUUGAUCUCUCCAAAGUUGAAUCAGGUGUGAUGAAGUUGGAGGCUACAAAGUUUAGGCCAAGAGAAGUGGUGAAGCACGUGCUUCAGACAGCUGCAGCAUCUCUGAAGAAAGAUUUGACAUUAGAAGGAAACAUUGCAGAUGAAGUUCCUAUUUUGGUAGUUGGAGAUGUUCUAAGGAUUAGGCAGAUUCUCACCAACUUGAUCAGCAAUGCUAUCAAAUUUACACAUCAAGGAAAGGUUGGGAUCAAACUCAAAGUCAUAUCAGAACCAUCUUUUGCUAGUGAAGAACAAAACGAGACUUCUGUUUGGAUUUGCUGUGACGUUUAUGACACUGGAAUUGGAAUCCCAGAAAAUGCACUUCCUUGUUUGUUCAAGAAGUACAUGCAAGCAAGCGCUGAUCAUGCUCGCAAAUACGGUGGAACUGGUCUCGGUCUAGCCAUUUGUAAACAGCUGGUUGAGUUAAUGGGAGGUCAACUUACUGUGACAAGCCAAGUCAACGCUGGUUCAACGUUCACAUUCAUAUUACCUUACAAAGUUGCUACAUCAGAUGAUCAUUCAGAUGAUCAAGAAGAGUUCUCUGAUAUGGUGGAUCAUCAACCUGAACCAGACGAUACAACCGAAGGAUAUUUCCAGUUUAAACCGCUUCUAGGAUCAAUAUAUUCUAAUGGCGGACCGGUUAUUGGCAACAACUUUUUACCUCAUAAAGUUAUGCUCACUAGCCCUGUUAGGAUUAUCAAUGGUUUUGGCGCUGAGCCUUCUAACAACACUGGACAAAGCGAGACGGUUCAGGUUGGGAACGGUGGUUAUAUGGAUGAAACGAGACAAAAUUGUCCUGAGUCAGGUCAUGAAUAUGGAAAUGGGAAUGGUGGAUGUUCCUCCAAGGAAAGUGAGUCUUGUAGCAGUUCACAAGCCAGCUCAGAAGGUGGAGUCUUAGAAAUGGAGUCAGAGAUUACAGUUUCAUCUAGUAAGGAAGAAGAAAAAACUGAGACAUCAAAGCCAAAGAUUUUGCUUGUGGAAGAUAACAAAAUCAACAUCAUGGUUGCCAAGUCGAUGAUGAAGCAACUAGGCUAUACCAUGGACAUUGCUAAUAAUGGAGUUGAAGCCAUUAACGCGGUUAAAGAGUCAAGCUUCGACUUGGUACUUAUGGAUGUGUGCAUGCCAGUUUUGGAUGGUUUAAAAGCUACAAGACUGAUCCGUUCUUACGAAGAAUCUGGGAACUGGGAUGCAGCACUAGAAGCCGGAGUAGAUAUAAAGACAUCAGAGAAUGACCAAACUUGUGUGCCACCCACAAACCGGUUGCCUAUAGUCGCUAUGACCGCAAACACAUUAGCAGAGAGCUCAGAAGAAUGUUAUGCAAAUGGUAUGGACUCUUUUAUUUCGAAACCUGUAACGUUGCAAAAACUAAAAGAGUGUAUACAACAAUAUCUGCAGUGA